AUGCUGACACAGCGGAACCAGGUUGAUGCGAGAUUCAUGGUCGAUUACGAGACUUACCGCAAGAUGCAUCCGAACGAAGAUGAGGAUGAAUAUGACACCACCGACGUCAGCGAUCUCGGGCACGAGCUCAUGAAUCAGGACCAUCCGCCCCUCGAAGAUGACUUCUUCAUGUGCCUACCCACCACUAUGGUAGGAUUCAAUAUGCAGAAGAAGGAAUGGGUUAAGUUGGGUGUUGCUUUUAUGGAAGAUGUAGUAUGGAAUGAAGAGGCCUUCAAAUACUUGGUGAUUGACGAGAGGACUAAGGAACUCGUUCAAGCUGUUGUAACUACCAAGUUGAGAGCCGAUAAGAACACGGAUCUCAUUGUGGGUAAAGGGAACGGUCUCUUCAUUUUGCUGCAUGGUGGUCCUGGAACAGGCAAAACGUUAACGGCCGAAAGUGUGGCCGAGGUUGCGAAGAAGCCUCUUUAUAGGGUCACAUGUGGGGAUAUCGGGACCAAGGCAGAGGACGUAGAAAAAUACCUGAAAAUUGUGUUGCUGCUAGGGAAAACUUGGGGCUGCGUGGUUCUUCUCGACGAAGCCGACGUGUUUCUGGAAGAGCGUACGCUCCAGAGCCUGGAAAGAAAUGCGCUUGUGUCAGUCUUCCUUCGGGUGCUGGAGUACUAUGACGGUAUCUUGAUCUUGACGAGCAACCGGGUCGGAACCUUUGACGAAGCCUUCAAGUCCCGAAUACAGCUCAACCUUCGCUACGAGAACCUCGAUGAAAGCAAGAGGCUCAAAAUCUGGGGAAACUUCAUCAACCGCGUCGAAAACCUAGAGAUGGAUCCAACUAUAGAGGCAGAGGACGCCAAAGGGUCUGAAGCCACCCAGCAGAAAACCAGUCUGAGCCCGGACUCCAACGAAUGGCUCGACUCGGAACGCCCUCCCGACAUGAAUUCGCUAUUUGAUGACAUGGUGCUGCUUUACCCCCUCACGGUCCGCACCUCAACCGCAAGCCCAAACGACUGCAACGACAUCUGCAGAAAACUCGUCCUCGCGGAGUGGACGGCCCGGCUACGCAUCAUCGAGGCCGAAAUCGCCCGCGAAAGACUUGAACUCAUCAUCCCAAGAUCCGGAGCAGCACGAAAUAUCGCCGAACUCCUGGAAACAUCCUGGCCAGGCUUCUGGCGCCCCAAAGACUUCGCCCGUCUCGUUCGCGCCAAGACAAUUCUCGAAUCGAUCACGGCCGAGCUCCGGCAGAACCUCCGAGCCCUGGGCGUUGGCCCAGAUGCAACGCCGCGCAUCCUCAGCCCGUGGGAGACGGACGCCUGGGAGAGCCUGCAUGAGGCCGCGGGACUGAUGGUGUCCAAAGUCGAGGGCACCAUGCAGGCGUACAUGCAGGCAUCGUCGGUUAGGCAGAUGCUGAGUGCCAACGAGCAGGCGGUCCAGGUUGGGAGGUUGACCUCGAUGGCGACGAUUUUCCUCCCCGUGUCGUUGGUGGCGACCAUCUUCUCGAUGGGCGGCGAGUUCGCGGCUGGGGAGAGGAUGUUCUGGGUGUUUUGGGUCAUUGCGGUUCCUGUGGGGUUGGUGGGGUGCUUUUUGCUGUUCACUACUGCUGGCAGAAACAUUUUGAGGUAG